AUGAGAGAACUUGACAGAAUCAAGGAGAACCACACAAAACAAUUAGAAGAUCGAGUGCAUGGACUGAUUGAAGAAUGUCGUAAGAGACCCACGCAGAUGACAGAUGAAGAACUGGAUGAAGAAUUUGACAAAAUCUGGAAUGAAACAAAGAAGGAAUUGUCCUAUCCAGAGCUAGAAAUCAAAGACAUUUACGACAAUGUGUUCCACCACCUGAGAGCAAACCUGUUACACAGGGGAAGUCAUGCAAAUGAAUUGCUGAGUCAAAAAAACCUGCAAGAUUGUGGAGUAGAGCCUUACAGCUAUACAAUUGAUGGACUGUACAAACAAUUGAAAAGCAAAGUGAACAAAUUUUUCAAUGGUAAAGAUCACACAAUGGCUGUUCAAGAAAUAGCUGACAGCAUCAUUGAUGCUUGCACACAGUUAAUAACUGAAAAACUGGAAAGAAAAACGGAUUACCAUGAUACUUACAUCCAGGAGAUCCUACACAUCAUUGAUGAGAGUCUCCAAAAAAAUCUUGAUGUGAAGACAGAAAUUAAGUUGGAAGUUUCUCUUAAACAGCACAUCUGUGGAUUUGCUGCCAGACGCUUUCAGAAAAUGCAUGAAGAUUUUCUACAUGUGAAUGAUCCCUACAGAUGUCUGUGUCGAAACAAGGACAAGUUUUGUGCUGAUUUCAAAGAUGUGUUCCAAAAAAGAGACCAGUGCCAGAAGAAGGCUGAGGAGUUCACCUACCAGUGUCUGAAACCAGCAGUCAAAGACUUUGUCAACCGUUCCCUGGGUCCUGAUAUCAUUGCUGAAAUGCUGACUAACCAACAGUUCAGCACCCGGAUGUUUUUCCAGUAUACAGUUUUGCUGGAUUUGCUCUCAAAGGAUGACUUUGAAAGCUAUGUGAGCUAUAUUCUCUCAUAUGAGGAUUAUGUGAAAAAAUGGAUACUCCAUCAAAUAUUGGAACACUUUACAGACAGGUCUACAACAUUCAGAUUUGAGGAUCAACAUCUCAAGUCAAGUAUCAGCAGCAUAAAUGAUGCUAUCAACAAGGCAAAAAUGGGAACAAGUGUCAACUUGAAGAAGUUUGUUCAAAAUAUCUGCAAGGAACUUGGUGAUAAACUGGUAAUUUCUCAGGAUUCUCUUGGUGCUUUCAUGAUCCUGAACAAUGCCAACCAAGAACAGUUUGCUCAUUCACUCACUAAGUGUGUGAAUGAGAUGGGGCAAACUCUUAGAGAAGAGUUUAAAGAAAGCGACAUCCAAACGACACUAGGGCAUCUUCAUGUGAAGCCCCAGAAUGUGCUUUUCACCAGGUUGAUUGGAUGUGGCCAACAGUGUCCAUUCUGCAAAACACCUUGUGAUGCAGGAGGAAAAGACCAUACUGAGCACUGGGCUUCACUGCAUCGGUCAACAGGUCUGGGUACAUACAGAUUCCAUUUAUCACAAAAACUUGACACUGACGUAUGUUCCUCUCUUGUGAUCACUGACACGGAUUUUCGCUGUUAUGCUACAAACAAUGAAUGGCAUCCUUACAAGCGUUACAAAGAGAUUUUCCCACACUGGAAAAUCGCUCCAGAUGUGAGCCUUGAGGCAUCAGACUACUGGAAAUAUGUAAUGGCAAAGUACAACAAUCAGUUUGCCAAAGAAUACAGUGCAAAGCCUGCAGAUAUCCCUCCAACAUGGAAACGAAUCACACGUAAGCAGGCAGAAGCCAGCCUCAAAGAGUCGUUUGGCAUCAAGUGAGAGGCUGCACACUUUGUGGUUUACAGAGGCACACGUCCUCUUAAUGAUGAUGAUGAUGAUGAUCACCAAUCUCUUUCUGAUAUUUUUGAACUUGACUUUAUGUCAUAUAUACCAAAAUCAUAAAUAGGAUCAUAUAAGCCCAGGGAUGUACAUGGUUGAAGAUGUGAGUACAUCAAGAAUUUUAUUCUCUACAUUUAUUCUCAUGAAGACUAUUAAAUGCUUUUUUUUGUUUGUUUUUUCAACACUGAGUCAAAGUCCACGUUGGGAGUACUAGUCAGAACACACAAAAUGUGCCCUUUUUUAUUUUGAAGUGUCUAUUUCUGCAUUUAUGUGGUGUCUGAGAGAUGUCUACAGUUCUUCAAAAGACAGUAAAUCACAGUGACAAAAUGACAGAAGCCACUCUGAAAAGGGAUUGUCUUUAAAAUUUCUUUCUUUGUAAGGAUGUGACAGAAAAUAUUUACAGUUUCAAUUGGUUAAGAUAUCAUUCAGUCUAUAUGUAUGGCAUAGUCAACAUUUGUUUAUGUGAUCUUUCUUAUUUUCAGUUUACAAUGUUUGUGUUUGUUUUUUCUGAUGCUACAUACUUCUCAUUUGCUCAAUGCUCAUUUGCUCUAAAUGUGGAACAACCAACAUGUUGACAUGACAGAAAAUGAGAUGCAAUCAAAUUAUGAUGUCAUGUCAUGUGAUUUUUGAAAAACACAAAUCUCUUUUAUUGUUUAUCAGUGUGUUCUUUUAAGUAUAUGAUGUCAAAUCUUUUCAUUUUUGAAGAAAAUAAAGGAUCAUUUAUCUUUGUCAACAUAUUACAUACUUAUGUUCACCAACUGAAUAAAGACGCAAAAUCUGCUGUCUGGC